GAAGCGUCCGUUUGCAGGGCCUGUGACCAUCCUGCCUUCCAACCUUCCAAACUUUUUGCAAAUCUCGGACUUUAAAUCUCCUGAAAAUGGUAGUGUUAACUGAAUCAGAUCAGGAGCAGAACUCUCAAGCAGUGGAGACUGUGUUAAAGUCACUUGAUGAUCCACAGACAGCAGGACUUAUCCUUGAAGAACAGGCAAAUGCUUUGAAAAGUAUUCUUGGUGAUGCUUCUGUUUUGAAACUUAUCAGGGCACAUGAGAAACUUGAAGAAGGUCGCAAGCAAGUGGAAACACAAGACACUGCUGAGCUUGCAGUGGAGGUUAACACUGACCUUGAACCCCAAGUUGCAAGUGACGAUAGUGCUGCCGAGUUGUCUGGCCUCCUGCAGGACCCGCAUUUCAUGGCAUUAUUAGAAGUUCAUGAUGCUGUUGCAUUUAAGACAUAUGCUUCUCCACCUCCUUCUCCUGGCCUGGGCAACGAGCCUGGAACAGCGAAUGGUGUAGGUGGUCAGCCAAUCAGAAUGGUCGGGUUGCAUAAACAACCUAACAAACCACUGGGAAUGACAUUGGUUGUUGAAAAAGGAGAUCUUGUUGUUGCUAGAAUCAUUCAUGGAGGGAUGAUUGACAGACAAGGUCUUCUUCAUGUUGGUGAUAAAAUAAAAGAAGUGAAUGGGAGAGAUAUGAGUGGAAAUCCUAAAGAGCUGCAAGAUUUACUGCGUGAAUCCACAGGCAAGAUCUUUCUCAAAGUUGUCCCCACUAAUCUGGAGUCACCUGCCUUGAGUCAGGUAUUUCUUCGUGCUCAUUUUGACUAUGACCCUGAAAAAGACAGCAUGAUCCCAUGUCGAGAUGCUGGUUUGUCCUUCAAGAAUGGUGAUGUACUGCAGAUUGUUGAGCAGGAUGAUCCCAAUUGGUGGCAAGCAAAGAGAACUGAUGGUUCUCAUGAGGCAGGAAUUAUUCCAAGUCAAAUCUGCGAGGAGAGGAGAAGAUCAUUUGUUAAGAAAGACAGGCCUGGCAGUGGAUUUUUGUGUGGUGGUAAAAAGAAGCAAAAAAUUAUGUACAAGUCAGCAAAAAAUGCUGAUUUUGACAGACACGAAAUGACUAUUUAUGAAGAAGUUGCCAAGAUGCCACCUUUUCACCGCAAGACACUGGUUCUUGUGGGUGCUCAGGGUGUAGGUAGAAGAACACUGAAAAACAGGAUGAUCCUGUCUGACAGGUUCAGAUUUGGUACCACCAUUCCCCACACAACACGUGAGCCAAGAGAAGGUGAAGAAAAUGGUAAAGGAUAUCACUUUGCAAGUCGUGAAGAAGUAGAGUCAGACAUCAGAGCUGGAAAGUAUCUUGAGCAUGGAGACUAUGAAGGUAACCUGUAUGGAACCAAGGUUGAUAGCAUUCGUGAUGUCAUGCGCUCUGGAAAGAUGUGCAUUCUGGAUGUUAACCCAACGGCAUUGAAGAUCCUCAAGACACCAGAAUUUAUGCCAUAUGUUGUAUUUAUUGCCUCUCCACCAAUUGAUACUCUUGUGGAGAUUCAUAAGCGUGCCACAUCAGAGGGCACUAUUACCAAGAAACAAACAGAUGAAGAUCUACAAAGGACUGUGGAGGAAUCUGAAAAACUGUACAGCAACUAUGCACAUUAUUUUGAUAAGGUUAUUGUAAACGAAAACCUGGAUGAUGCAUUGAAUGAGCUCAAGAAAUGCAUUGAGGCACUCAGCACCGAGCCGCAGUGGGUACCAGUCAGCUGGGUGUACUAAUAUUCAGUCAGGAGAAGUUUACUGAGAGAAUUCUCAAUAUCAUAAAAUGAGCAUUAUAAACUGAAAGCCAAGUGAUUCAAGGCUGGAAUAUUUUUACUCAGGAGACAUGCAUAUUGCUUUGAUACAUUUAAUUGUUUGAUUUGCUCUCAAUAUUCCAUAUAUUAGUUAACAUUUUUUUAACCAAUGGUCACUAUUGAGGCAGGGAUGCAAGAGGCUGUCGUUGUUAAGCACAAAGGAAGUAUAACAGUUGCUCGAGGUGAUAGCCAAAAGCUACUCUAUCUUAUUAAUCUCCCAAGAACGUCCAUAACUCAAUAGUGCUUGCUACACCAUUUACCAUUUUGCCUCACAGUAUCAACAAAAUGCAAACCAAACAACCAGAACCAAACCUCAAAACUUAGACACUGAUGUUGUGUUGUUGCGUUUGGACGUGCACUCUUGCUUCAAAAGAACUUUCACUUUAACAUCUUUAGGCUAACUAAAUUAUUUCCUCUCAAGGUAGAUAGUGAAACCUUUUGUUGCUACCUUAAAGACAUUUGUACAUUUUCUAGCAACUGGACUCAAAACUUUGGAAAACCUUGCGGUAAAAUGCAUAUAUCUGUACUCAAGUGAGCAUUAGCUAUGGUCAGCAUAUGGGCAGAUAGGAUACUAAUAUGCCAAACUGACCGAUCAGAACACAUGCAGAAUACUUUGGAAUGGCAGUGUUCUGAUAAACUAAGAAGAAUCACAAGGUCUGCAGUGAGGUGUAAUAAAAAUACAUUAAUAAUAAAUUAGUCCCCAGUUUUCCCAGCUGAAAUACCCCUAGUUUUUAGUUUUUAGUUACUUAGCAAUUAGUUAACUGCAAACGACCCCACAAGCUCAUGUAGCUUUAAUACUCAUCGUUUUAAAAUAAAGGUUAUCUAUCUAUCUAUCUAUCUAUCUAACUUGCAAGCCUGAAGAUUUUUGGAACUUUGUUAACACUGAUCUUGUGAAAUUGUUUCUCACAAGGCAAGUAUUGUGCUGUAGUCAACCUAGUCUUUUUGGG